CCUGGCCUCGCCACCACGAGCCUUUGGGAACUCGCAUCCUCUCCCUUCCCCGGCUCAUCCAUGGGCCCUUCUGUCUUCCGGACCUCGGGAGCCGGUGGAGCGCCUUCUAGAGCGCAGGGCUUGGCGGCCGGUCUGCCCUUGGCUCUGCCUCCAGUAACGCGGAGGACCCGACGCUGGGCACCCGCAGCCCCGUAAGGAACUGAGGCAGGACCGCGGGGGCUGAGGCGGGAACAAGCUAAAGAAGAGGGAGGCGAGCCAGGCACAGCCACCAUGGCCUUCCCGCACUUUGGACACCCGUAUGGCAGCGCUUCCCAGUUUCUGGUGUCUGCAAAUUCCAGCGCCACUUGCUGCGAAUCCUCCCCGAGCUCUGUCCCAGAUGUGGCCUCGGGCUCCACCCCGCCGGCGGCUCUCUGCUUAGCACCCUAUGAUAGCCGGCUGCUGGGCAGUGCGCGGCCGGAGCUGGGCACGGCCUUGGGCAUCUAUGGAGCCCCCUACGCGGCCGCUGCAGCUGCUCAGAGCUACCCUGGGUACCUGCCCUACAGCCCGGAGCCACCCGCGCUGUAUGGGGCGCUGAACGCACAGUAUGAAUUUAAGGAGACUGCAGGGACCUUCACACCCAGCCUGUCACAACCGGGAGCCUAUUGUCCCUAUGAGCCGACUCUGGGGCAAUACCCCUAUGACCGGUAUGGCAGCGCCGUGGAGUUGACUGGUGCCGGACGCAGGAAGAACGCCACCCGGGAAACCACGAGCACGCUCAAGGCCUGGCUCCACGAGCACCGCAAGAACCCCUACCCCACCAAGGGCGAGAAGAUCAUGCUGGCCAUCAUCACCAAGAUGACCCUCACGCAGGUCUCCACCUGGUUCGCCAACGCGCGCCGGCGCCUCAAGAAGGAGAACAAGAUGACCUGGGCGCCCAAGAACAAAGGCGGGGAGGAGAGGAAGGCGGAGGAUGGGGCCCAGGAGUCGCUGGACUGCCUACACGCCGGCGACACCAAAGACCUCGCUGCGAGCCGGGAAGUUCGAGGAUUCCGGCUGAGUGACCCGGAGGACCCGGAGGAAGAAGAGGGGGAGGAAGAGGAGGAGGAAGAGAUAGAAGAGGAGGCAGCGGUCCCAGCUAUGGACAGGCUCGCUGAGUUCCACCAUGACGCGCAGGCGCGGGCGACGUCGGGAGACGCUGACUUCCUCCGGGCGGAGCCAGGGGCCCCCACGCUGACCACGCACUACCCCUGCAGCCAGAAGCCGCGCAUCUGGUCUCUGGCGCACACGGCCACAGCCAGCGCUGUCCAAGGGGCACCUCCCACCCCGCCCAAGCCGCGAAGCCCCGAGUGCUGCCUGAUUCUCCAACAGCCCGCAGGCCCGGGCGGGCGACCCCAGGUCCUCAGAGACUCCGCGCGCGACGAGCCCGGCCGCGUAGCCAAAGCCUUUGGAAAGCCCACGUUUGCGAUGCAGGGGCUGCCCCUGAGCUGCGCCCCGUGCCCGCGGCUGAGGGAGCCAGCAGGGCAGUGCCAGUACCCGUCGGGAGCAGAAGGUUAGCGCCCCGGCGCGAUUUGCGGAAGCAUCCUGGAAACCAGUCCUACUUUCCCAGCUCACCUUCCCUCCAAGAAGCGGGGAGACCUCACCAGGAACUGGGGCCUCUCCCUGCGCGUAAGAGACGGACAGACACACAGAAACCAACCCUCCCGCAGGCUCUCCUUGCACGCGGAGCUGGGAGUGAGGGCAGAGGGGCGGCACCUCAGAUCCCAGAGGAAGUGGUAGGUUACCUUGGGGGAGGCGGGGCGAGUCUGCCUCCCUCCUCUGGAUUCAGGGUCUGAGGUGCUCCCUCCCACCAUCACCCCCGCCCCCUCACUUUGUAACUUCCACGCUGACCUGGCCCCUAAGGAUCACCUAUGUCUACCCCCCCUCUUACCCCCCAAUUCCUUGUGUCCUUAAAAAUA